UUCUCAUAAAACAGCGCAGAGAAACGACAUCGUUCGGGUCUCCUCCUUCCGUAUCCGUGACGAACUCUUCUAAAGUUCGAACACCCACUGAUUUGGAUUAUACAAAAACAAGAAUAUAAAUCCAAAUCUGCAAUCGGUAUUACGCUUUCGUGUCUGCGCAGACAUACAGAGAAGACGGAUCUUUUUCAGUCAUUAUAUGAAAAUCGUUUUUAAGGCUGCUACUUAUGUUAUGGGUUCUGCAAGUACAUUAGCAAGUGCACAGGGAUCACAACCCCUUUUAUCAUUUGGUGUUAUUUCCGAUGUCCAAUAUGCUGAUAUAUCUGAUGGUCGCUCAUUCAUGGGUGUCCCCCGAUACUAUCGGCAUAGUAUUGUUAUACUGCAACGGGCAGUCCAAAAGUGGAAUCAUCAAGGAAAACUUAAAUUUGUGAUCAACUUUGGAGAUAUUGUUGAUGGAUUCUGCCCAAAGGAUCAGUCCUUGGCUUCUGUGAAGAAAGUGGUUGGUGAAUUUGAGAAAUUCAAUGGCCCUACACAUCACUUGAUUGGCAAUCACUGCCUUUACAAUCUUCCCCGUGACAAAUUAAUUCAUUUGUUGAAGAUUCCAAGUCUUGAUAGACAUGCAUACUAUGAUUUUUCACCAACUCCAGAAUACAGAUUUGUUAUUCUAGAUGGCUAUGAUAUCAGUGCCAUAGGUUGGCCUGAAAGUCAUCCAAAUACGUUAGAAGCACUGAAGUUUCUCAGGGAGAGAAAUCCAAAUACAGACAAGAACAGUCCAGUAGGACUGAAGGGCCUUGAAAGAAGGUUCCUUAUGUUCAAUGGAGGUAUUGGGAGAGAACAGAUUGAAUGGUUAGAUGAUGUUCUUCAGGAUGCGACAAAGUUGAAACAGAAUGUCGUGGUCUGUUGCCAUCUGCCUCUGGAUCCUGGUGCAGUAUCCCAAGAAGCUCUUUUAUGGAAUUAUGAUGAAGUGAUGGAUGUUAUACACAAGUACAAAUGCGUGAAGGUUUGCCUGGCUGGACAUAAUCACGGAGGAGGGCAUUCUGUUGAUGCUCAUGGAAUACACCACAGAACAUUUGAAGCUGCGUUAGAAUGUCCUCCUGGUACAGAUGCAUUCGGGUAUAUUGAUGCUUACCACAACAGGUUAUCACUUUUUGGCACUGGUCGAAUGGAAAGCACUGAUAUGUAUUUCAGCAAUUAAGUCUUCAUAGAAUACUGCCUCCAAUUACUGAAACUUCUUUGGGAAAAGAUAGGAUAUAGAUCAAUUUAACCCCACAUCUUGAACAACAAAGAACGAGGAGCAAGAUGGUUGCAGUUGCUUGCUUGCUGUGAAAUUUGUAAGAGUCUUAACCUGUAAAGACUUAUAUAAUUCAAUGGGUAUUAUCCUUGCUACAAUUGCUUUGAA